AUGGUCAAAGACAAAUCCACCGUCAUCAACGAAUUCACCGACCUGGUCAACAUGACCCCCAAUGAACUCCGCGACUGGCUCAAGGAAGAACAAUCCCAAUCCGCAGGCUGGAAGCGCGAUUCCGACGAAACAGUCGGCCACGAAAGCGGUCGCCGCAUCGUCGAAAUCCUCGAACAGAACCCCUCCAAGGACCCCGGGGGAUACUCGGACGAUGAUAUCGCGCACAUGCGCAAGGUCGUCUCGUACUGUAAGCGGCAUCUGGCGCGCGAGGGGCAUGUUAAGCGGGAUACGGGGAGUAAGAGUUACAAGUCGUUGAAGAAUUGGGGACAUGAUCCGUUGAAGGAGGAGGAGGAAGAGGAAGAGUAG